AUAAAUAUGUUUGUGUGUGUGAGUGUGUUUUGGUCAUAGUUGACUAAAACUAUACAUGAAAUUGUAGAAGAACAAGACUAUGUUAUUGUUAACUUCUUAGUAGUUGUUACCAUUAUUCCACGCAGCAACAACAUUUCCUUAUGUCUUAAAUUCACAUUCUUCUCUAUAUAUACUUCUCUCUCUGCAUCCACCAGCCCUUCUUCUACCUUGAUCCUGCGUCUUUGACCUUUCUUUACUUCAAGCGCCUAUCUGAUCUACUAACCAUCAAACCAAGAAAGUGAGAAUACUGGGAGAGCUUGAAUUGGGUAUUUCAUUUUGGCAUUUAUAUCUUUGAAAAAUUUGUGGCAAUGACACUGGCUUUUGGACUAUAACUAAUUCCAUAUUUGGAGUAACAUGUCUGAUAAGGUGGUUCCCAAACUUCGGGUAGUUCGAUGUCCUAAAUGCAACCAACUUCUUCCAGAGCCUCCAGGAUAUGAACUUUACAAGUGUGGUGGAUGUGGCACACUCCUUAAAGCUAAGGGUUUGUCUGUGACCUCAGCAUCUAGUAUACAAGAAACCGAUGCAGCUCCUAGAAACGCAUUGGAUCUUGUUUCAGAGGGUAAACUUGAUAGUUUGAAGGCUAAAGCAGCUAUUUCUUCUGGAGAAUGUUCUAUGGAUGGAAAUGUAGGAAGUGUUCAAAAUGAAAAUGGUGAAUACAAUAGCAACGAGCUUGUACCGGUUAACGUAUCAGAUGAAGAACUUGAAAGUGAGUUGGAUAUCUGUAAAUUGUCACUCAAAAGGAAUAGAGUGCCCAACAAGGGUGUUUCAAAUAAGAUCACUCCUUGUGAGAUUGAGGAGAUAGAUAAUGGGAAGUUAUUAUUUGAAGGAUCAUCAAAGAAGGAGUUAAUUUUUGCAUCAGAUGAAAAUGACAAUAAUGACAAAUCAGUUUCUGAAAUGGGAAUUAUUGAAAGUGAUUUACAAGGAGUCGAACAGGAGCUAGAUAUAUAUGUACAAGAUGGAGAAGAUCCCAAGAAGAACCAAUUAGCUAUGAGGGUUGCAAAGUCCAAAAUGUACUCUGCAGAAAGUGCUUCUACUACUAAAAAGCCAAGCACUGUAAAAGGAAGCACUCUACAUGUUACUCAUGGUAAACUUGAAGAAAGUGCAUCUAGUAAACCUGUAUCUCCUUCUAAUAAACAACAGAAGCACGCUCAGAAAACAAUUCGCGGUAGCUUUGACCGUGAAAGGCCUGUGGAAGCAUUAGAUAAGAAGGAGUUAAUUGAUCCCAGUUCAGAGGUUAGUGGCAGUCUUGGAAAAUUGUCUAAAUCCCCAACCACUGGAAGCUCUUAUUCUUAUGAUGGAAUGAAUGAGCAGUUCCCUACCCCACAUUUGGAUUCUUUGAGGAACAGUCACACCGUUGCUGAGGGAAGGACCGGAAAGGGUAAAGGCCUUGUUAAUAGCUUGCUAUAUGGAGAUUUUGGAACACAGCAUCAAUCAGAUAUGCUCCAUGAAAAGCAUCAUGUCAUGAAAGAUAGCAGAAGGACAGGGACUCAAAAAAUGUUGGAGGCUACAAGACAUGGUGAUCAACAUGGGAUGAGAGCAAAGAGAGAUGAGUUUCCAAUUCAAUCAAGAAUGCCUUUCCAUCAAAGUGGCCAUGAAAGCGGCACCCCGUCAAACCGAAUGCGUGAUGACCUCCAUAGCAAGUCGAGCUUUGCUUCACCUAACUCAAAUGAGGACACUGAGCAGGAGAAGGUGAAACUGUUGAGAAUGAUUAAUCAAAUGCAGGAACAACUCCAAAGGAGUCGCUCUUUGAGUGAGGAAUCCAAUGGAAGGUUUCCAUCCACAGGUUUCCAUCAUAUUUCUGCAUAUCAUGACCAUGACCCUCAUAAGGGAAGGUUUCCUCACACUCUGAAUCACCUAAGGUAUAAUGAAAGGUCUAGCCAUGAAGUCGUAUCGCACCAAAGGCACAAUUUUUCACAGAUGCCUUAUUCAGCUGAGGCAACAAGAAGUUCACCCCACGUUGAUCAUUCUUAUUACCACUUCCAUCCCCAUUUCUCAACAGAUUUGCCUCCACAUGUUCCUUUCCAUCAUGAAGGGUUACACAGGUCCUAUCCAGGCCAAGAUUAUUCCUCUUAUCACAGAUUUUACCCUUCAACUCCACAAAGUUAUGCAGCCUCUAAAUCUGGUGAUCAGAGGAAUAGGGUUCCUGCGGUUAGGAAACACUCAAGGGAGAAAAAGAACUUGGCUAAGAGGCAUCACAAGCCAGUAGCUGGUGGAGCACCAUUUGUCACUUGUCAUAAUCGUAAGUGUUUAAAUCUGCUGCAUCUGCCUGUGGAUUUUCUCCUUUCAAAAAAGGCAUGUCAUCAGCUGAGAUGUGGUAAGUGUUCAGAGAUACUGGAGUUUUCUCUGCAGAAUGGAAGACAUAUGGUUUCUUUUUCAUCAAAUGCUAAAGGCCCUCCAUCAAGUGAACUUAAUGACCAAAGCAAGGUGAUUAGUGGCAGCUAUCAUGCCAACUAUUACAAGUAUUCACCUGCAGAACCUAUUUCAUUUGUUGAUGAUUAUGGGCUUCCUGUCUCUAAAAGCCACUCCUCCGAAGGUGAUCCUGGUUAUCUGACACAGUUUCAUCCCUUGCAUGGAAGUAAAUUUGAUCACCCAACUGUGUCUGGUGGUACAAUUGAGCCUAUAACAGAGAGGGAGAAGAUUGCUUCAAGAUAUUCUAGUACAAUCAGGGCUCCAGUGGAGAAACUGUCAACCGAAACGGAGGCAGGAUCAACACCAACAACUUCAUCACUUCAUAAACUGAUGGGUUAUUUUUCACCAAGUCAAGUGAGAAGAGGGACUCGGUCAUCUGUUAUAGGUAAAAGGAGCUCAUAGUCAAUUGUGAAAAUGAUCAGAGUCAUGAAAGAUAGCCAUAAAUUUCAACAGAGCUGAAAUGCUUGGUGAAUCUAAACUGAAGCUGGAAUGAUCAAGAAUAUGGGAGUACUGAAAUUGUGAUGUAGUGAUAUAGCAGCCACAUGAUGAUCCUGAUGUAUCUGUUUCAUAGUUUCUUCUUAAAUAUCUGCUAUCUUGAACUAGGCCAUAGGUGUAUGAGAAAUAGUUUAGCUCAAUUUUUCAAUUCUAUUUUAUGUAUACUAGUUCCACAACAGGUUCUGUACACAUGUCAUGCACAGGAAUUAAGAUUAUUUUUGUAAAAAAUAUGAUUUUGUGGCAUAAAUUGUUUAAUGUGGCCAUUCUUGUAAGAUCAGAGUUACUA